UACUAAAUCCACCAUCAACUACUAUUGUAGUGACACCUACUGCUUCAGCAACUCCUACAGAUGAUGGACUAUCUGCUGGACAAAUAGCAGGAAUAACAAUUGGAGUUGUAAUUGGAGCCUUACUCAUGAUAAUGAUAAUAAUCAGUGUGGCCUGUCUUAUAUGCUAUAGGGAAAGAUCCAAUAAACUUAUUAAAAGAGAAAAUAAUAGUGACUUUACUGUUGAAAAUCAAUAUCAAGAAACUAUUCUGCCUACCCCUGCAGGUUCAGUCCGCAGUAUCAAAUUAAAAGUGGCCCAAGACUUUGACGGUAGUGAUGAAGAUGAAAGUGGAAGUGAAGAUGAUCUUAAGAGUGUCAUUAUGAAUGAAAGAGAAAAUUUAGGUGGCCAAGUUGAAAGUUUUGGUGAGAUGCCUGAAGAAUCUAAAGAAACUUUUAUCUAAAUAUUUUUGUGCUGAAUUUAUUGCUGUUUAGUUGAUCUUGUCUUUCCUUUCUGUAAUUUUAAUUAUAGUCAGUGUGACUCCUUUAGUAAG